AUGUUUCCCCUUGAGGCUGAGACCCUUCUGGAUAGAGGAAUGCGUCUUGUAGUCCUCGGGCCCGACUCAGCGUCUACAUCAUCGCGCUCCCCACCUCUGAGGCCUUCUCGCAAAAUGUGGCCAUCCGCCGACGAGAAGUCUCAUCUACAGAAACCAGUUGGCGUAGAUCCCCGCGAUCUCAUUGGGAAAGUCCUUAAGGGCAUCCGUCGAUCGCCCGUUCACCCUUGCGUCACACUCUACUGCACCGAUAACACAUCAUACCAAAUCCGCGUCGACGGCUACGACCCGCAACAUCGCGGCAUACCGAAAACACUCGAGUCAGACUCCAACUUCGAGCCGUACCUGGCCUUCCCGGGCGACCUCCUGGAGGUCCACCUCACCGUUGUCAACGCAGCGAAAGUCACGCUGGGGAGCAGGUGGAACCAGGCGCACUCUGGCAUUGCGCUGAAGUUCGAGGAGAAGGGGCACUGGCACUGCGUGUGGGCGCAGCUGGCGGAAUAUGACGAUCAUCGCCCCGUGUCAUGCACGUUCCGGAGCUACCACGACGUCUAUCUUGACGUACUCCGACCACCCUCCAAGAAGCCCAAGUCGCACCGACGGAAAGGCCGUAGCCGGCGAUGA